AGCGGACUUUCCCUGGACCGACCCCCGUCGCGCCUUCCUUAGCUGGACCCGGAAAAGUUCCUGAGCUCCAGUGUGCUGAUCGCAAGACGUGAGGUUAAGGAGUCGCAGUCAUGAUAAUACGAGAGUUUGGUGUCCGCCAGAGCCGAAAGGCGCUGGCAGCAUCUCUGCGCCAAGCCCCAAGAUGCAUCCGACAGCUAUCGACCGAAACAUCAGAAACUCCAGGAGCACUCGCCGACCCUGUGGCUGAGGGCGCCAUUCAGUCGAACCCGGGUAAGCCGGCUAGGUCGGCGCUCUUCAUGAAGACGGCGGUCAAGCCCGUACGGAAACGACAGGUGGCCCCUGAUACGACGAAGGUGGAUUACGAGGCGGCCGUGCAAACGCGCCGCGUCCAGCGAAAGAUUGGUACCAAAGUAGAGCACACCUACUCGCCCUCGGACGUAUUCAGAAACCCUCCUGGUCCCAAAGAUGUCACCCUCGAGCUGCUCAUGGCUGCUCAAGCCCACAUGGGUCACCACACCUCAACCUGGAAUCCCGCCAACGCCCGGUACAUUUACGGCAUCAGGCAAGGAAUCCACAUCAUUUCCCUGGAAGAGACUGCUGCCCAUCUCCGUCGAGCAGCUCGUGUCGUUGAGGAGGUUGCAUACAGAGGCGGUCUUAUCCUCUUCGUAGGGACGAGACCAGGCCACACGCAGAUCGUCACCCAAGCGGCCAAGUUGUCGCGAGGCUGCCACCUGUUCAGCAAAUGGACGCCAGGUACCAUUACCAACAGCGACAAGAUUCUACCGGGAGUGCCAAUAAAGAUUGUGAACCAGCAUGAUCAAGAGCUGGAAGGUUUCAACCAGCAUCUCAUCUCACGCCGCGCGCUGGUACCCGAUCUUGUGGUCUGCUUGAACCCAUUGGAAAACGCCGUCCUGCUGCGCGAGUGCGGUCUUUCCAAUGUUCCCACCAUCGGUGUUAUCGACACAAAUACCGAGCCCACAUGGGUAACCUAUGCCAUUCCCGCCAACGAUGACAGUCUCCGAUGCCUAGCGGUCAUCGGUAGUGUCCUCGGCCGUGCUGGAGAGGCUGGCCAUAAGCGUCGUCUCGAGGACGCCGAGAAGGGUGUUGUCGAAUGGCAAACACCCUCAGAGAUCGCACGCUUUUUGGCCGUCAAACGGAAGCGGGAAGAGUGGACCGAGCGUGCUAGGAUGGAAGCCACUCAAGAGGCAGCAGCGGCAGCGAGCGCGGAGCAGCAAGGCAAGCUAGCCAUGGACCAAGCCAAGCAGCUCGAGGCCGACGAGUUGCGUCGAGCAUUUAGAGAGUUGGACGAUGAGAAUAUGGACCAACUCCUCAGUGGUGAGACGCGGCAAGAAGGUAGUGGGCCUGGCAGGACAGAGAUGUAAUGCUGUUUCCAGGCUGUGAGCCGUGGGUGUCGGCACGAUGCACACCGCGUAGCUCUGUAUCAUAAAAGACUAAAAUGUACCAUGUGUAUAAUACUACUGUACUUGCACCCAAUUCUCUAAUCACGAUUUGGCCGGAACUUUUCCGCGUCAAAACGCGGAUUACAUGAAUGUCAGUCGAAGCGGCACGGAACUAGUAGUCCAUCCCCAGUCGCUGUAGCGGUCACGUAUAUUCCUG